UUCUUUCAGAUCAGCAGCAGCAUCAGUAGUUUCUUCAACAACUCUACAAUGGCGGAUGUUGAAGUUGACGUUGCGGCAGCCGGAGCACCGAAGAAGAGAACGUUUAAGAAGUUUUCGUUCAGAGGAGUGGAUUUGGAUGCUCUACUUGAUAUGUCUACUGAUGAGCUUGUUAAGCUCUUCAUUGCUCGUGCUCGCAGAAGGUUUCAGAGAGGUUUGAAGAGGAAGCCUAUGGCUUUAAUCAAGAAGCUCCGCAAAGCUAAACGUGAGGCACCAGCCGGUGAGAAGCCAGAGCUAGUGAAGACCCACUUGUGAAACAUGAUCAUCGUUCCAGAAAUGACCGGGAGUGUUGUCGUUGUUUACAAAGCACUAAAAAUCUUUUAUAACUUGUGACAAUUAUAAUUAUAAUAUUGUAUACAGCUUUA